AUGGACUACACUCCGCUCAAGAGGUAUGGUUCACUCUGGGAAAGAAAUACAAUCGAGUGUCAGCAACGAGAAAGCUGGAUCUACAACGCAGUUCAAGGUAUGUCGAAAGGAAAGAAGUCUAUGACUGAGUAUCUAGGUGAUGUGAAAGGCGUUUGUGAUCAGUUAGACUCAAUAGACUGUGCUUUGUCUGAACAAGAAAUGAUAUAUGGUGCGUUAGCUGGUCUUGGAAAGGAGUAUGAAUCUAUAUGUAUUGUGAUUGAGCAUUCCAUGAAUUCUUUUAAUGAGAUGAGUUUUGAGGAUGUUGUGUUCAAGCUCAUAACUUUUGAUGACAAGGUGAAGGUUCUCAACAAUCAGCCAGAACCAAGCCCUCACCUUGCCUUUCAUGCUGGCCGUGGUUAUUCUUCACUUGGUCGUGGAGGUAAUAGCAACAGGGGAGGCUACAGAGGAUGUGGCAACUACUCCACUCAUGGUCGAGGCUUCAGUCAACAGUUCACUGGAUCUUCUGGAACAAGACCAACCUGUCAGAUAUAUGGUCGUUAUGGUCACUCCGUCGCUUGCUGUUACAAUCGGUUUGAUCAGGACUAUGACAGUCCAGAUACAAUUCACAAUGCUCUUACAACAAUGCGGCUGUCUGAUCAAGAACGACAGUCAGGUGCUGAGUGGUAUCCAGAUUCAGCUGCAUCAGCUCACAUCACCAACGAUCCAAAUCAGCUCACCUCCUCUGCUCCCUACCUUGGUAAUGAUCAAGUUAUCGUCGGUAAUGGAGACUUCCUCCCUAUCACUCAUGUUGGGUCCGUAGCUUUGCAAACAACGCACGUUACUUUACCUCUUGAGGAUGUCUUGUUUUUAGGCAGAGAAGAUGGUUUCGGGGAGAAGGGUAAGCCAGCCUUUGGGGGUGAAGGAGCACUUCCUCCAAAUGCGACGCUUGAGAUCGAGCUGGAGUUAAUUUCCUGGAAGACAGUUUCUGAGGUGACUGAUGGUAACAAGGUCAUCAAGAAAAUCUUGAAACAAGGGGAAGGUUGUGAGCGUCCCAACGACGGGGCGGAGUUGCUUUCUUGGUCUAGUGUCAAGGACAUAUGCAAAGAUGGUGGUGUGUUUAAGAAGAUUGUUGCUGCGGGGGAGAAGUGGGAAAUGCCAAAGGAUCUCGAUGAAGUUCUCGUUAAGUAUGAGGCUAAGCUCGAGGAUGGUACGGUUGUUGGGAAAUCUGAUGGUGUUGAGUUCACUGUUAAAGACGGUUACUUCUGUCCUGCACUUGCUAAGGCUGUGAAAACCAUGAAGAAGGCAGAGAAGAUUCUUCUGACUGUUAAACCACAAUAUGGGUUUGGGGAGAAGGGCAAGCCAGCUUCUGGUGGUGAAACUGCGGUUCCUCCAAACGCGACCCUUGAGAUCGAACUGGAGUUACUUUCCUGGAAGACAGUUCCUGAAGUGAAUGAUGAUAACAAGGUCAUCAAGGAUCUCGAUGAAGUUCUCGGUGAUUAUCAAGAAAGAGAGGUAUAUUUGGCCGUAUACAGUGUCUUUCAAAAAUAUGGUACGUCAUCAGAGCCACGAGUUAAGCAGAUCCUCGUAGAUCUCAGAUCUGAACUUGGCAUCUCUGAAGAUGUAUCCUCCAAACUUGAGAAUGAGAAGAAGCCCAAGAACGAGGAUACAGAUCCAAACCCACUUUAUGAUUUAAUGUCUGCGUUAGUGGAAGAGAAGACUUCAGAAACUUCUGAAGAACGAGAAAGAAAGAAAAGGAGUGAGCAGGUUUACAAGGUACUGAUGGCUGCUGUUAAAAGGUGUACGAAGAAGGAUGCAGAACAGGCUUACUUCAACACUCUCAAUGUUAUGAGUUCAAAAUGUACUCCUCUCACCAAAAAGAGUGAAGAUAUACUGAUCAACCUGUCCAAGGAAUGGAAAAUCGAAAAGGACACUCACAACAAAUUUCUUGUUCGAAUCAAAAGGGCUAAAAGUUUCUGUCCCCUAAGCAAAUCCUCACAAGCACAAGCAAAGAAAAAUGCAUGCUCCAUUUGCAAAAGGCAGGAUUUUUUCAGUCGGAGAGACUUAGCGAAGCAUGAGAGGACAUGUCGUGAGAUAGAAAAGAAGCAAAUGUGUCAGGACGUCUUCGAUCGUGUUGUGAGGAAACCAAGAACGCCCAGAGUUGUGGUUGCAAGACCUGGAAAAGAAAAGGAAUCCAAAGAUGUCCCAAGCUGCCAAGUUUCUCCGACUGAUGAUUGCUGUAUCGUCGAACGCAACCAUGAUCCUGUACAAGACAACAUCUGGCUACAAGGUGAUCCUGGUUUCCCAUUCCAAGAGACCUGAAUAAAGUUUCCAACUGGUAUCUCUUAGCUCUUAUGUCAAAAGAUACUUUUUGUAUAAAAACCAUCUGACCGACAACAUAUAUUUUACAUAACAAAAACAAAAGUUGUGUUUUCA